GCACUCAUCAAAAAGCCAACAUGGGAAAGGUAAGUAAGGAAGAAACAUAAAACCAUGCAUAUUUUACUUGUUUAAUUAUACUUUUUUUUUUUCAUUUAUAGCUGUUACUUUGAUAGCUUUUACAAAACUAGUAAAUAUAUCUAUUUUAUUUCUGCUAAAAAAAGUUUGAUUUUCCUGCCUUAAAUAAUUUUUUAAUUAUUCAACAAUUUUGUUUGUUGUAGCCAUAAUUUAUAUUUGUAGUAGUAGACAUUUAUGUCAUUGCCACCUGUGUAAUGUUUUACAUAAUUAUCAUAAACGUUUUAUUAAUGGGAUAAUUCCAUUUUAACAAGUAAUUAAAAUGCACUUUAAAAGCAACAUAACCACUACUUUUUCACAGUUCCACUGUAUAUAUUUUUCAUAUUAUUUCUAAGCAGUUUAAAAAAAACAAUGGAUUACCCAGCACCAAGUGGUAAUCACUACCUCAAUAGUUGUUCAAAAUAUUUAUACAGUUAAUCAGGAUUUAAUUGGAGCAAGUCACUGUUUGGAGUGACUGAACUAACACAGGUUUAAAGGACCACUAUAGUGCCAGGAAAACAUACUCGUUUUCCUGGCACUAUAGUGCCCUGAGGGUGCCCCCACCCUCAGGGACCCCCUCCUGCUGGGCUCUGGGGAGAGGAAGGGGUUAAACUUACCUCUUUCUCCAGCGCCGGGCGGGGAGCUCUCCUCCUCCUCUCCGCCUCCUCUCCUCCUCUUCGGCUGAAUGCGCAUGCGUGGCAGGAGCUGCGGGCGCAUUCAGCCAGUCUCAUAGGAAAGCAUUCACAGUGAAAAGCAUUCACAGUGAGAAGCAGGCAAACGCCUCUAGCGGCUGUCAAUGAGACAGCCACUAGAGGCUUUAGAGGCUGGAUUAACCUAUUUAUAAACAUAGCAGUUUCUCUGAAACUGCUAUGUUUAUAAAAAAAAAAAUGAUUAACCCUAGCUGGACCAGGCACCCAGACCACUUCAUUAAGCUGAAGUGGUUUGGGUGCCUAUAGUGGUCCUUUAAGCUGACUUCUCACAAUGGAGAUCUGGCACGACUGAAUCAUGAUUACCAAAUAUUUUGGACAAAUAACAGGAAAAUUAAACUUUCUCAUUAUCAUGACUGAAGAGGUAAGAUUUGAAUGCAGAGUAAUAAUAUAUAUAUGUAUGUAUAUAUUUUUCAAACUGGUUGAAAAUGAUUUGACAUGAAACAGAGGGACUCCAGCCAUAGCCUUCUUGCACUAUAACCACAUCAGUAAUGUUUGGGCUUAACAAUGCCAGUAGGUAGAAAAACAAAUGAAUUACAUAUUUGGGUAUGAUUGAAAACAAUGUUUUACAUUGCUAGAGGAAAGAGACAGAGUCUUUGAACCAAAACCACUUUAUUAAGUUGAAGUAAUUUUGAUAUUCUGUGCUCCUUUAAUAGGCUACUGUGCAGGUUGGAUUUAAUAAAUAAUUGUACAGAUCUGUAAGAUGACACUCAAGAUAGUCCAAAUAUAGUUAAAUGAAAAAUCCUGUUUAUUAAAAUUCAGAGAGGUUGCAUAUUCCAGUGUCACUUUCAAACCAAAAUCUCUAAGCACUCUGGCUAUCAAUUAAGGAGCUGAGGCAAUUGCCUUCCUGAUUGGGAAGAUCAAUUUUGUCCAAGUUACAUGUGUGGUGAGUGCUUGCCGCAUACACAGCUUGGACUAAGCUCAAGUUCAAUAAUCUUCUAUCCCAUGUCAUAAGUGGAACUAUUCUUGUGGCAAAAGCUCCUUACCUUAUAAACCCUUCUUGGGAAGAAGUUUAUCAGAGUUAUUCACUAAAGUGAGAAUUCAAGGUGAAUUCAAAGUGAAUUUAAAAAUCCACAGUACAAAUAAAAAAAAAUAGAGACUGCGCAAAUAGUUGCUGUUUACACAAAACAAGGUGCUGCAGACAUUUAUUUGAAUGAAGGACAAAUAACAAAUGUUUUGGGAUAAUCCCUUUGUCAGUGCAUCAUGUCCCUCCCCCCAGCAACACACUCACGUCAUGACGUCACGUUGCUAAGCAAAGAUAAACAGACAUAGGAAUCUGCUUAAGUCCGCUCUCCUGGCUGUAUAGGAGAUCGGUAAGCAUCAAAACAAGCAUAUUAUUUUGCAGAAAGACAAAGAUUAAAGCCAGAUAGGCAACUAACAUAAAUGUAAGCACAGAAAUAAGCAAAAAAAAUAUAUAAAAAAAUUCAAUAAACAAAGCACAAAAAAUACAUUAAAGCAAACUGGAAUAAAAACAGGACAAAUACAAAAUAAACUAUUUCUAAGCACCAGAAGGAACCCCUAUUUUAAUAUUGUAUGAAUACAAAUACAGUGAAAAUGACAUAUACACAUAAUAUAUACAGAGUUUUUCCCUAAAAAGAAUGACAAUAGUCAGGGAUAAUGCAGAGAACAUUUCCAAUAGACACAAUCUAUCUAUGGAUAGGGUUAGUUUGCCCAUUCCAUAGAUAAAAACACCUUUAUUGACACUCCAGCAGUGUCAUAUGGGGCAUAACCCCUAUUCCUAAAAUAUUGAAGAAAUUCACAAAUCUGAAGAAAAACACUCCAGAUAAGUAAAUAGUGACUGGAAGUUAGAUUUGGAUAAAUGAUAUCAAAAUAUGAAAAUAAUAAUAAAGCAAAAAAAUGUUUGUGAAUAUACCAAAAAGAGGUGAAAAAAAAACGAUCAAUAUAUAAAUCUCCACAGCUAUCAAAAGCUGUACCUCCCUAAUGUCUAUGUUGGUUAAUGUCAAAUCAGACUUCCGACUUUAAUAUUAUAAUCAGUGUCAAUGUCUGAAAAAUAUGAGAAUACAAAUAUCAUAGACAUCUAUUCUAAUUUAACACAGCGUUUGUAUCAAAAUAUCAAAUAUAUGGCAGGCUUGCAACAAAAGUAAAUGUAAUGCUGCUGCCUCAUUGUUCAAGUUGUGCUGUGUUAAACCUGUAGCUAGAGGGGGGUGAAAGUAACCUGUUAUAUACUAUUCAACAGGCUUACCAUUAGUGUAACUGUGUAUGGGAUUGCAUUCAUUACGUGAAUACCCAACAGAAACAAAAUAUCCAGUCCUUGCCGGACUGAUCGUGGCAGCCUCUGAUACUAUACUUUAGUAUCAGAGGCUGCCACGAUCAGUCCGACAAGGACUGGAUAUUUUGUUUCUGUUGGGUAUUCACGUAAUGAUUGUGGCAGCCUCUGAUACUAAAGUAUAGUAUCAGAGGCUGCCACGAUUGUGGCAGCCUCUGAUACUAUACUUUAGUAUCAGAGGCUGCCACGAUCAGUCCGGCAAGGACUGGAUAUUUUGUUUCUGUUGGGUAUUCACGUAAUGAAUGCAAUCCCAUACACAGUUACACUAAUGGUAAGCCUGUUGAAUAGUAUAUAACAGGUUACUUUCACCCCCCUCUAGCUACAGGUUUAACACAGCACAACUUGAACAAUGAGGCAGCAGCAUUACAUUUACUUUUGUUGCAAGCCUGCCAUAUAUUUGAUAUUUUGAUACAAACGCUGUGUUAAAUUAGAAUAGAUGUCUAUGAUAUUUGUAUUCUCAUAUUUUUCAGACAUUGACACUGAUUAUAAUAUUAAAGUCGGAAGUCUGAUUUGACAUUAACCAACAUAGACAUUAGGGAGGUACAGCUUUUGAUAGCUGUGGAGAUUUAUAUAUUGAUCGUUUUUUUUUUACCUCUUUUUGGUAUAUUCACAAAAAAUUUUUUGCUUUAUUAUUAUUUUCAUAUUUUGAUAUCAUUUAUCCAAAUCUAACUUCCAGUCACUAUUUACUUAUCUGGAGUGUUUUUCUUCAGAUUUGUGAAUUUCUUCAAUAAUGCAGAGAACAACCUACAAUAUAAUAAGGAGCAAAGGAAGACCUUCUAAUAAGGAAAGGACCAAUGCAGAUACAGGAUCCUAAAGAGACAGGGGCAUUAUCAAAGAGAGAAUCGCCCAACCCAGAUAACUUAGUAGCCCAUAAUAAAGUGAAGGCAAAUAAUGGAAUCUUACUUACAAGACUCGCCAUCCGGUGGGUGCAAAGUGACAUACCUACAGGAACCAGUGCCACUCAAGCUUCUCAUUGAGACCACAGGGGGCCAAUGUUUCAAGCAGGUAUGUCCAACGGGCUUCUUUUUGUAAAAUAAUCUUUUCCCUAAUCACUUCUCUCACUAGAGGGGGUACCAUUUCUAAUACUUGGUAACUGAGUUGUGACGCAUUGUGACGCUGUAAUGGGGCAAUGGAAAUAUUACAAGCUUUAGAAUGAAAAGUUGUAUUUUUUAAACUGUGUACUUUGUCUUUAAGAGAUUUUGCAAACUGACAAGUUGUUAGAAAUGGAACAUAUUGUUUUUCAUACAAUGUUUCUUUAAAAUAUGACCUCUUAACCAUAUUCAGUGAAUAUGGUGUUCAGACUUUAGGAUGCCAUCUUGUCCUAGGUUUGUAUAAUUCCCCAAGUCAGGGAAUUUCCCAUGUCAUGUGCACCCUUACGCUUUAAAAAAAUGGGUGGUACCAGCGCUAAUAUUGAAAGAGUAUAUAAUAUCACAAACUUGUGAAAGACAAUUUAUAAACAGCUGCUAUUUCACCACAAGCUUAUCUUAUACAAUAGAGAUUUCGAACCAGUGGGAUGGUGAAGCGCUUAUUUUUGUAUCGGUGAGUUUUUAGUGCAAAGAAAAAUAAGGAUAUAAUCGUAUAUAUAUACCUUUAGGAUUAUCCUAUAUUGAAUCCUAAUGGUAUGUUGUUCCUUAAAAAUAUAAAUACAGAGAAAAAAACAAAAUCAUAGUGUAAACCGUAAAAUGGAAUAUAGGAAGGAAUAAAGUAAAAUUUCCCACUCACAAUUUUUUGAGCUAAAAGAUUAAGCUCAAUUACUGCGCUCUUAGGAUCAGAAGAGGCGACUCUCUCCCUUCUUUGGGUGGUGUUCUUUUUCCUUCUUAUCCUGUAUGACAAAUUGAGAGAGAACACAUAUGGUGUAGUAAUGUAGGUCUUAUCUUAUAUAAGAUUUAAGGUAACGGGGAUACUUACAAACCCAGAGCCUUCCAAAUAGGCUCAAAUGAAGUAGCCUGUGUGGUUGAGGACCACACUCCUUCUUUAAAUAGCAGGAAAAAUGCCAAUAGUGAGUAUAUAAAAAAUAUUAAACUUUAUUGUAUACAUAUAAAAGAUAUAUAAAAAAUAAAACAAACACUAUUUGGGCAUAAUAAGUCCCGUAUAUAGAGUCUAUGUCUCACAAUUCUCCAGGACGCGUUUCGGCUUCCGUAUAGGCUUCCUCAGCUGGAUGAAAAAAAGUCUUGUGGAUCCUCUUUGGGCUGGUUCCUGCUAUAUAUACCCCUCUUAGAGGUGGAUGUUUGAUUUCAGGCUUUGAAUUUUAUAACAUGACAGGAGGCUUUGUAUUUGCUUAAGUCUCUCUUUACUAGAACAGCAGCACAGAAAAACAACCAAUCAGAAAAAAGUUAGGUACUAUAAAACUCCCCUCCCCAUGCAUCAUUUCCUCUUUCUUUGCUGCUCCGCAUCAGUACAGGUCAGAGUACCACUGCCUCCUGCUUCUAGUUGGGGGCUUUGGGAUUUAGUAUGACUUAUUUAGGAUUUAUAUUUAAUAUAUUUAGUUAUCAUGCUAUAGAUUUAUUAUUUAUAUAUUAUAUAUAUUGCAUUUAUUAUAUUUAGCUAUCAUGUUAUAUAUUUAUUAUUUAUAUAUUAUAUUUAUUGUAUUUAGUCAUAUAUUUAUUUCUUUUGAUAUCAUAUUAUAUUUAUUAUAUAUGUUUUAUGUUUAUGAAUUGUAAUUAUAUCUUUUAUAUUUCAUAUCAUAUUAAAUGUUUAUUUUUUUUAUAUAUUACAUUUUUGUUCUUCGUUAUAUAUGUAUAUAUAUAUUUUUGCUUCGGGCUUACUGCCCGUUAUUUACUUGCUUCCCCUGUCCUUUGGGGAUGUUUUUCCUUCCAUGUGGUGGUUUUAGGGGGAUCCCUGGGGAUUCAUUGCGGUGUACGACCCCCCCCCUUAUCCCACUACCUAGUGCCAUUCAUUAGCCCCCCCACCCGCGGGCUAUGGGAGGCUGCGCUCGGGGAGUCAGGAGACUAGCCAUUUGGCUGCCUCCUCUGACUCCCCUAGCUGCAGUGUGAGCCUGCCGGUGCCCAGGGUUUUCUCGCUGUCGGACGCGGUACCUGGCGGCCGGGCCCGCUCACCCACGUGGCCCCCUCGCCGCGGUCGGCUUCUUCAGAGAGCCGCAUGCAUCUGACUGGCUAGAGGAGGGUGUGCCUGCUCGCGGCCCCUCCUCCAGAAACGGUGAUCGGACCGCAGUUGUCUUCCCACGCUGUCUUUCUGGCUAUGCUCAAUGGCUUAACAUAUAAAAAAGCAGUAUCUUGCUUCUGGGGGUUUAAUGUACGUUUUCAAUAUACAUUUUAUGCUUCUCCAUAUCCUGUAUAAUUAUUCAGUUUUGACUGUUACACGGCUCAUACAGAACCAGUUUGACAGUGAGAUCAGGGGUCACUUGGAUUUGUAAUAAAUCCAAGUAUGUGAUAACAUUUAUAUUGCACAAUUAAGCAUAUGUUCUUAGGUGCAUAUCCUGGUGCAUCAGUAUAUAUGUUCCUGACCCAUCUCUGGAGUCAGAGAUGGGACUACUUUAGGAUGAUAUUCACUGUCCAUGGCAAAUAUGUAGCUAAACAGACCUGGCUCUGGCUCAAACUGGUAUGGGAGACCAGUCUAUGCUGACAUUAAUUCAAUCCUAUCAGGUUCUGUGGCUGGUAGAGUUGGAAGGUGGUCGCUUCCAAGCUCAAUAAGAGGGUGCAUUGAGUUGGCAAUUGUUUUGCCCUACUCCUGAGUAUACCAUGGCUACAAUAACCUUCAAGUGGCAUGCUGUUGAUGCAUAAUUUUGAUGAAGAAAUCUCAAACAGAUCUGCAUGUUCAUGUGCAUACCCUACUCACAGUUAAAAUGAAUCGCUCAGUAUAUCAUUAUUUAAUGGACACUAUAUCACUGGAGCAUUUUCAGCCUAUAUCCAUUACAGAUGGAAUACCACUAUUGCCUGCUGGGCUUUUAGGGACUACUAGUCCUAGCUAUACGUUAUUAACAGAGUAUUACGCUGUCUAAUAGGGUUGGUGCCAGGUAAUCCUAUGUCAGGUUACCCUGAAGAUUGACAAAUAUUAGGGGACUCUGCCAAACUGACAAGUUGUUAGAAAUGGAAUGUAUUGUUUUUCAUACAAUGUUUCUUUAAAAAAUUACCUCUUACCUAUAUUCAGUGAAUAUGGUGUUCAGACGCAACCCAGGAUUGGCCUACUCUGUCUGUGCCCCGUUGAUUGGCCUGCUAUGUCUGUGCCCACUGAUUGGCCUGGUAUGUCUGUGCCCCACUGAUUGGCCUGCUACGUCUGUGCCCCAUUGAUUGGCCUGCUAUGUCUGUGCCCCAUUGAUUGGCCUGCUAUGUCUAUGCUCUUAUGACUGGCCUGCUCUAUCUGUGCCCUUUGUUUGGUCUGAGCUAUCUGGGCCCGAAAUCCCUUUUGGCCGCGGGCCUGGGAGGAUAUCACUGAGGAGAGCCCAGUACCCACUAUUGACAUGGACAUAAGUGGGUACCCAGGCAAGCACUGCUGAUUUACUAUCCAAGAGGACACCAGUAUACGGGCACCUCAAUAUGAUUGGAAGGGUGAAGGCCCUAAUCCUCAUGCCCUGAAGGGCAAGGUUUUCUUUUGAGAAUCCCCGGGCGCGCCACCACGGUUUGCACCAACCCGGCGGUGGCACAUCUCCAAAGAGAAUUUUGCACAAGCAGGGACCAGUGCAACAGAUGCCAACAGGAGAGCAUGGUUGCCUUGCCUUCAGCAACUAACCAUUUAGCUGCCUUCCCAGUAUCCAUUUUAGGUAUUGGUACUUAGUCCUAUGUCAGGUUUAGCCCUGACCCUUUCAGUUGGGUUUACUUGGCUUGUUUUUCCGAUCUGCUAUUUACCUUCUCUACGAGGUACGUAUUUGCCGUUAUCUACAUUAUUUGUCGUUUCUUGGUUUUCGAGCCUUCGUAUUGUCCUAUGGCUUGGGUUGUCGUGUGGCUUGUCUUGACCUCCUCCGACCUCCCAGGCUCUCGUGGAUUGCGGAGAACGUCUCCAGCUUUCCUCAGGCUACCGACGGUCAUCCUGGACCCCGCGCGCGUGCACGGGAUCCGGGCGGUCAGUUGGUAGUUUCCAUAAUUGUUUCUGAAGGUUGCAUGCUCUCACCAUCCCUUUACUAUUCCAUCCUCCAUCAGUUUGGUUUAUUAACAGUUGAUUCCCUCUCAGGUGAGCGAUUCAGAGAGAGGUCUAAGGGUCAGAGAGAGACCCACCUCGGGAUCUCAGUCUUAUGCUGAUAUUAGUAAAUGAUGUACCCCUGCAGUUGGUCACCCUUAGUCUCUAUGGGACUGUAGCUUGGAUUACAAGGGGGUGAGGCCCUCCAUCACCUCGAUCCAAGAAUGAUAUUUUAUUUUCACGUACAGAGAGUGAACCCCUUUCAUAUACGGAACCGGACACUGAUUUGUUAUUAGAGGGCACAGCCCUCCCUCAACUUCAACCUGAUACUAAGUUGGAUAUAGAGGACAUGUUUUGAGUGACACAUUCUCGUAGAGGAAACUGGUCACGCAUGUAGACUCUACUAUUUGGUUAUUAACGAGUGUGGCCCGCUCAGACUAUCAGCCGGACGCUGACACGGAGUUCGGCCACAUUAUUGGAGGGCGCGGCUCUCUCAUGCACUCAACGCACUACGGUGCUGUCCAUUUGUUCAUUGCACAGGCUUGUACCUGUGUAGGACAACGAUGACUGCAUAGAGGGGGGUCCCUCCUGCAUUCAAUUAGACCUAAUGACCGUACUACCGAUUUUGUUAUUGAGGAUUGCCUGAUCAUGCAGGAUGUACAUAUUUAGACUGGAUCCCUCUUUUUUCACCUCUAAUAGAGCUACUGGAUCCAGAAAUUAUUAUAAGAACAGUUAUUUAAUCUGAUCAUUUUGUAAAAGGUGAAACCUUAAGACUUUUGAGAAGCUCUUUAUCCCUGACUAACUUAUUAUAUAACUAUAUCCAAUACAUGGUCAGUGAAUAAACUAACGUGAUAUGAAAUUAUUUUUAAGUGAGCUUAUAUACAUAUGUUUUAUACAUGCCUUUAUAGCUUUAAACAAUGGUCUUCCGUACCGGAAGCAAUUAUAAAUAAAAAAAAAGGGGGUAGACUUAAGGAAAAUUAAGUAUUUUGAUUUGUAUGUCUAAAUUGCCUUUGUCUUUAUACUGUGUGUUUGGUGUAGUUAUUAGUAUCCUUUUGUUUUAUCUUGUGUUGUUCCAUUCUGUUUCCUGUGUCAGUUAGGUCUCGGAGUGGUAGAGUGUGGUUUGCCAAGUUAGUUCUGACUGUUUGUGUGUAGGUCAAUCAGCAGCAGACCCUCCCUCCCAGAUCCUCCCACCUCCUGGACAGCAUCCAUUGUGAAGCUGCAUUCUUAGUGAGCUGUCCAGGAGGUGGGAGGGUCUGGAAGGGAGGGUCUGCUGCUGAUUGGCUGGAAUGUGUCUGCUGACUGUGAGGUACAGGGUCAAAGUUUACUCAAUGAUGAGUCCGCGGCGAACCGUUCGUGUCGAACCGUUCGCGAACCGUUCGGCGAACAGUUCGGGACAUCACUAUAGAUGAACUCUUACUAACUAUAUAAUAUUAUGGUUAAGAUAUUUGUAUGGUUCGCCCCCGUUAAAUGCUAUGCUUUAAGACUUUAUAGUGGUAAAUAGGGGAACCGGCUGCGGUUACAUCGCACUUCCCUGAAAUGUCGAGCUACAGAUGUGUAUGCUUUAAGGCUGUGGAUGGUUGUUUUAUGCUUUGAUAUGCGGUCUUUUAGUGCAUGUAUGGUUUUGCCCACAUAGCCUAAGCCACAUGGGCACUUUAGAAAAUAGACUAUAAAAUCAGUCUGGCAGGGGGAGGGACGUGAUGUAUUGACAAAGGGAUUACACAGAAGCGUUUGUUAUAUAUCCUUCAUUCAAAUAAAUGUCAGUAGCACCUUGUUUUGUUCACACAGCAACAUUUUUUUCUAUUUGUACUGUGUAUUUUCACUGCCUGAGCAACCAUGAGGGGCUUUAUGCUGCAUAGUGAGUACUAUUUUGCUUGGAAAUUUUAUGUAUUUUUUCUGAAGUGUUUUUCCAGUUCCUCCUACUUUUUUGUGUGCGUAUAUUUAAAAAUCAAGUUAAAAAAAGUCAAACUGGAAAAAUCCUGGAAAAGUCAGCUGUGAUUCCAGUUUGGCUACUCUGGCCUUAAAUUUAACAUUUUCUUUGAAUUCACUUUGAAUUCUUGCUUUAGUGAAUAAAUCUGUAAGCGAUAAGAUUAGCCCUACAGACCAGAAUGAUAUGCUCCUAAUUGUAAGGCUGGUAUGAGAGAAAGGUCAGUCUAUAGUCGCAGACUGAAUCUCUCAAAUGUGAAGCAAUAGGUGACUUUCAAGGCAAGCAUCUUUUCAGACUUCCUCUCUACAUGAGAUUUUGAACAUGUGUAAAUCUGUCAGGCAUGCCCAAUGCCCUUUUCCAGGAUACCAAGGGAUAAAACACUGAUUGGUUAGAUCAUUUUCCCCGCUGGAGUGGGUGUGGAAAUCAUAAGAAAGAUAAAGCAGGUAAACAUUAAAAUUAUUUGUAGCCUGCAAAGUGAGGCAAUGUUCUUAUUCAAAGCUAAAGCUGUGAACGAGACUGUUAUCUGAAAGUGUCUCUUUAAUACCUGACAUUUUUUGGCAUGUUAUUGAACACAAGAGGGGUUAAAAUUUAGGUAUUGGUUAUUCAUGUUAAUAAGUUAACAACUUUCCAUUGCAGAUCGUUUUCUAUGAGGACAGGGACUUCCAGGGACGCUCUUAUGAGUGCAGCUCUGAUUGUUCCGAACUGAAUUCAUACUUCAGCCGCUGCAACUCCAUUCGAGUGGAGAAUGGAAACUGGAUGCUUUAUGAACACCCCAACUACAGAGGGAACCAGUACUUUCUGAAGAGGGGAGAAUAUCCUGAUUUUUCCCACUGGACAAGUCACAAUGACUCCAUUAGAUCUUGCCGCAUUAUUCCACAAGUAAACAUUUAAUUAUACACAUGUUUAUCAUUGAUUAGUAAAUGCUGAUCACCUGAAUAUCAAUUUAUUUGUCCAUCAACCCUCUUUCUCCACUCCACCAUAUUAUAUAAUAUUUAUAUAUAUGAUAGUAUUUGCAUAAUAUAGGUUUGAAAUAUGAUAUCAAAUUGCACUGUGCUCUUCCCAUAAUAUAUUUCAAAACAAGAUGUCUACUAUAUCUUUAGCCGAAUAUAAUAUUUUCUAAACAUGUUUUUAAGAAAGCUAUAGAAAGCUAUAUUUACUCUUACUUUACUUUUUGAUGUUAUUCUUUCCCUCAUCUUUGCAUGGCAUAUUAAAAAUAAUUUCUCCCUUUCACUUACGCAUGCACAUUUGUCACUCUUAUUCGCAAUCAUUACCAAGGUAUUUCUUUUCUUUGUCCCCACCUUAUAAUUUUCACAUUUUAAUUUCAGAUACUAGAUGCUUUUUUCAGCCUCUAUCCCUACCCCACCAAUACACUAAUUCUAUAUAUCUGACUAAACAGCAGAGACAUUCCAAGUCAACACCUCACAGAAAGAUUUACAUUUCUUAUUUACUAGAAAUGCUAUAGAUUCCAUACAAAAAAACAAACAAAAAAAACCUAUAAAAAUAUAUAUUUUUUGGGGGUUACGGGGGAGGGCUGCAAUUUACGUAUGUUUUGACCCAUGUCACAGUAAAUCACUCCUGUAAUACUUCCAAACUGGCGCCAAUCCAUCUCUAUGCAGUUACUCUGAUAUUUUCUUGAAUAUGAAGAGAGAGGAAGCUGAUUAGGAAUGUAUUUCAGGAACAUCUAAUUUAAAGCUCCCUUUAUAUAAGCACCCAAUAUAACACUAUGGACUUUACCAGAAUCUGCAAAACCACCCCUAUUAAGGUUUAAUAAGUGUAUAGGGAUUUUGAAAAAUACCCAUUUCUGUCUCAUCAGAGGUUUUGCCUUUUAGCUGAAAGUAGCAAGGUGAAUUGUUAGCGUCUUGACGUGGCAGGAGAACUUACACUCUAAUGGCCAUUGGAGUGAUACUGAAAAACCUCUAGUUAUUUAAAUGUUCAUAUGGAUUUGGGAUAGUGCACAAGUAACUUUUUACUUUGUUUUAUUACCAAGAUUUGUCCAUUUAUAGCUUUAUAAUAUAGUCCAAUAUCUAUUAAAAAACACAUAAAAUCAAACAUGUAUUAUUAUAUAUGAAAAUGGGUAAAUAGCAAUAAUGUUACCUAUAACUAAAUUAACUAACAUGUACAGGUACCUGUAUAACUAAAGGAUAAUAUCUAAUUGAAGCCUAAAUAGAAAGGCAAAAGAAAUUAAAUAAAAAGGUAACCAAUCGUUUUUGUAUUUGUACUCAUUGUUAUGUAUUUUUCAGCAUCGUGGGACAUUUAGAAUCAGGGUCUAUGAGAAAGAAGACUUCAAUGGUGCAAUGCUGGAGUUCACUGAAGACUGCCCUCAUGUCCAUGAAGAAUUUAGAUACCAUGACAUUUUCUCCUGCAAUGUUCUGGAAGGCCACUGGAUCUUCUAUGAAGAACCUAACUAUCGCGGGCGUCAGUAUUACCUGAGGCCUGGAGAGUACAGGAGAUUCUCUGAAUGGGGAGCUCCUAAUUCCAAAGUUGGCUCCUUAAGACGUGUCCAAGAGUUCUACUAAACUGAAAUUGUACCCUUUAUUUGACUGUAUAGAUAUUAAUAAAUCAUGAAAAUGUUAA